GACACCGUGCGUUAAAGGUUUCCAUCACAACCCAGAAGGUCCAAUACACAUUGGCACAAGAAGAAAGCGGUGUUUGGGUUUUGUGUGAGACAAAUGCCAGUAGCAGCGAUAACGCCACCUAAUUUCAAUCUCAGUUUCCAGAAAUACUACCAGAAGGUAGCGCCGACCAAGCUCCACCAAGGCAUUCGAAUCUUGGUUUCAAUUGCAGGAGUAGGCUGCUGCGUCGCCACCGGAGCCAAUAAAGCCAUGGUCACCACCGCCGCCGCAACCAGCAGCAAUAGCAACAGGAGUGGUGGAGGCGGCGCGUAUACGGGCAUCAAGGAGAUAGUGAGAUUCGAAAAAGAGAUCAAGAAGAGCAAAUUCAUCGCCGUCGCUGGUCCCAUCUCCGACGAACAAUCCGCUCAAUCGUUCCUUUCCCAGGUACGAGAGCAACGCGCUACUCACAAUUGUUGGGCGUACAAGGUUGGAGAUCAAUUCCGGUCUAAUGAUGACGGUGAACCUUCCGGAACGGCCGGAAAACCAAUCCAUUCUGCUAUUGAAUCUUCAGGAAUUGACAGAGUUAUGGUGGUUGUCAUCAGAUAUUUUGGUGGUAUUAAAUUGGGAACUGGAGGACUCGUCAGGGCUUACGGAGGAGUUGCCUCUGAAUGCUUGAAAAAUGCCCCAACUUGUCUUGUGAAAUCAAAGGUAAGAAUGGGGGUCGAGGUUCCCUUUGAUCUUUUGGGCAUUCUAUACCAUCAGCUACAAUCUUUUCACGUUGAAGACAUCAAGCAAGAUUAUGAGACCGGUAAAGAUGGUAUCACCAUGGUUACUUACCAAGUUGAUUUUGACCGUAUUGAGAAAUUGGAGGAAGCUAUCAAAAACAAUUGUAGCCGAGAAUUAGUGUUCUAUAAGCACUGAAACAGUGGCUUAGCUGGUAUAGACAUUUCACAGUGAAGCAUUUUGAGACUGGGACGUACAUUUUGGAAGCAAUCAUUAGCAACAGUUAAGAAGAGUGUACAGAAAAAAAUCUAAAACAUCUGCAGCUUUGUUUGGGAAAUUUAUUGAUUAAAUUAGUUGGAAUUAAUGCAAUAUUAACUUAAAUCUUGAAAGCCGAUUGUUCACCUGACGUGUUGUCUAUAGGACAGUCUUUCUUCAUAGUGAAAAGAAAUGCUCCAUUGCUUGUUCUAUGGAAAUGGGUGCAAGUUUAGAGUUUAGCACUGAAAUACUCUUUUAUGUUGUCUAUUGCAUUGUGGUGUUCUUGGA